UUCACGUCACCGCUGUUUUGAUAAAAAGUAAUUUCUUUGAUUCACAAUUUUUUCCAAUUUAAGUUGCAGUCCGGCAAUCUGUUUCCACAUUUCUUCGGUGUAGCGACAAAUGCGGUAAUUGUUGGCUCGGCAAUCCAAACUAGACGGAAGUGAGAAAUAAAAUCUGAAACUAAACAAAAAAAUAAAAAAUAACAACUUCCCCCCUAAAAACACAACAACGUUGGUCAGGCUGGCUGCUGCUGCUGAACAACUCUAACUGCCAUCCAUUUCUUUUGACAAGUUGCUGUUGCUUGUAAACACUUGUUGUGAAAGUUUUUCUUCGUUUACUGGACCUGUUAAGCGUGUGUGUCGCGUAGUGUGUGUGUUUUAUUUUAUUUUGAACUGCUUCUAGUUUAUUUUUGUGGCUGGAAGACGUCCAUGUUUGCUUUUUAAACAAACAACAAGAAGAAAUUUUGUUGCUAAAUAAAGUGUUAACAAUUUUACUUUUGCAAAUUAAAUCAAAUAAUACCAACUACUCUGACAAAAUGUUUGCAAAGCGUUCACAUUUGUUAAAUAAUGUUAAUUUACAUAACAACAACAACAAUAAUAAUGGAAAUGCAAAAUGUCAUCAUGAUCAUGGAAAAUGUACAGAUUCGUGCCUUCAAGUUGCCACAAAUGUCACCGAACAAAAACAUCAUGUCACCCGUGAGAUUCGUGGCAAAAAUCUUGGCUUAUGCCGAGGUUUCCGUGGUUGCACAGUUUGGUUGACUGGUCUGAGUGGGGCUGGUAAGACAUCCAUAGCCUUUGAAUUGGAAGCCUAUUUGGUGUCGAGAGGCAUCCCAGCCUAUGGUCUUGAUGGUGACAACAUUCGUACUGGCCUUAAUAAAAAUUUGGGAUUCACGCCAGCUGAUCGUGAAGAGAAUAUUCGCCGUGUUGGUGAAGUUGCCAAGUUGUUUGCCGACAGUGGAGUGGUGGCCAUCUGUAGUUUUGUCUCACCCUUUGCCGAUGAUCGUGAAAUGGCUCGUAAAAUCCAUAAGGAUGCCGAUUUGAAAUUUUAUGAAAUUUUCGUCGACACUCCCUUGAAUGUGUGUGAGUCACGCGAUGUCAAGGGUCUCUACAAGAAGGCCAGAGAGGGUGUUAUCAAAGGUUUCACCGGCAUUACCCAGGAAUACGAAAAACCCGAGAAACCAGAACUGAUUGUCAACACUGAUGGCUUCACCAUCAAGGAAUCGACACAAAAAGUCAUUGCUCUGCUGGAGGAGGAAGGCAUUAUUCCCAAGACCCUCAGAGAUGUGGAAAAACUGCCCGAACUUUAUGUUCAAGAUUCGGUCAAAGAGGCUAUCAUCAAUGAGGCCAAAUCAUUGCCCUCAGUCCCCAUUACUCAGGUUGAAUUGCAGUGGUUGCAAGUAUUGGCCGAAGGUUGGGCAUACCCCUUGAAGGGUUUCAUGCGCGAAGAUGAAUAUCUGCAAACGUUGCAUUUCAAUUCCAUUCUGACGGAAGAAGGUGCCUUCAGGGAAAAUCAAUCGGUGCCAAUUGUUUUGUCGGUCAGCACUGAAAACAAGGAAAAAUUGGAUGGUGUUUCAGCCAUUACACUAAACUAUGAGGGCAAGCCCGUGGCAAUUUUGAGAAAACCCGAAUUUUUCUAUCACCGCAAGGAGGAACGUUUGUCACGUCAAUUCGGCACAAGUCAUCCCAAUCAGCCAUACAUUAAGAUGGUCAUGGAAUCGGGUGAUUGGUUAGUUGGUGGCGACUUGGAUGUUAUCGAACGCAUUCGAUGGAACGAUGGUCUGGACCAGUAUCGUUUAACACCAAAUGAGUUGAGAGAGAAAUUCACUGAAAUGAAAGCUGAUGCUGUUUUUGCAUUCCAACUCCGCAACCCAAUCCACAAUGGCCACGCUUUGCUAAUGCAAGAUACCAAACGUCAGCUGUUGGAACGCGGUUUCAAAAAACCAGUUCUACUUCUUCACCCUCUGGGCGGUUGGACCAAGGAUGAUGAUGUACCAUUGCCCGUCCGAAUGGCCCAACACCAAGCCGUUCUCGAUUCGGGCGUACUGAGUCGUGAUGAUACCGUCUUGGCUAUUUUCCCAUCACCCAUGAUGUAUGCCGGCCCCACUGAGGUGCAAUGGCAUGCCAAGGCACGCAUGAAUGCUGGUGCCAAUUUCUAUAUUGUUGGACGGGAUCCAGCUGGUAUGCCACAUCCCGACAAAGAAAUGUAUCCCGAUGGCAAUUUGUAUGAUGCCACACAUGGUGCUCGGGUACUGAAAAUGGCUCAAGGUUUAGAUAGUAUGGAGAUUUUGCCCUUCCGUGUGGCUGCCUAUGACAAGAGUGUCUCACGCAUGGCCUUCUUUGAACCCAAACGUAAAGAGGAAUUUGAAUUUAUCUCAGGUACAAAAAUGCGCACACUAGCCAAGACUGGUGCCAAUCCUCCCGAUGGCUUUAUGGAACCCAAAGCCUGGAAAAUUCUAGCUGAAUACUAUCAGUCGUUAAGCAAACAAUAGUAACAGUAAUUCUAGUUGUACGAUUUUCAGCAACAUUUCUAUUUUCUAAAACAAAAGUAUCAUUUUAAGUGCAAUUCUUUUACAAAAGAAACUAACAACUACUAUCAGUAACUUCUUUACACACACACAAAAAAAAUAUUGACUAUUUUAUAUUUAUGUAUAUAUGAGUGAAGAUAUAUACUUCCUAUUUUUAAACAUUACCAUUAGUUUUAAGAGCCAGCAAACGUAUUUUGUGUUCUAUUAGUAGUUUAUAGUUUGUAAUGUGAGCAAAAUUUGUGAAUUUGAAAAUGCUAUCGAAAUCCGACAACAAGGCUAUAUACUUACCUAAUAUCCAUUGUCAGCCAGUCUAUGCAUGUCUUUUUGUCUACAAACAAACAGCAUUUUCCAAAUGUGUGCUUUUUGUCAUAUGUUUAAACGUAGGAUUCUAAUAGUUUAUUCGAUAUUUGUACAGCCAGACCUAGUACAAAACAAAAAUGUGAAAAGGCCAAACUCAACAUCGAUGUCAAAUGAACGAAAGAGCUGUACAAACAAAACAAAUUUCUUGUACAUAUUUUAUAUAGAAAAUAUCUGUUAUAAACGUUUUUUUUUUAAACAAUAAAGUUUUAUUAUUUAAUGAAAA